AUGGCAGCCGCAGUGGCAUCCGGGGCGCUUUAUGGAGCAAGUUUAAAAAUGACGCAAGAUGCAAAGCAGAACAUCCAGAAGCGCCAGGCUCUUUCAGAACAGGAGAAGAUCGAUGCACUACUAGGCGUUCGAGCAGGCUUGAUGCAGAAAAAGGAGACAUUGGAGCAACAGAUUCGCGAUAUCGAAGAAAGGCAGAGCAGGAAGGCGAGCCGUGGUGGUGAUAACACGAGCUAA